AUGAACCGCGGAGUCAUUUUGAAUUCGCGGAGGCUUUUUGAUUUGGUAGCGCGAAGGCAUUUUGCGGAGGCAUUCGAAAAUGCCUUCGGAGGCAUUUUGCGAACCCAUUCGGUAUUUGCCAAUAAUACUAAUUGUUUUUAUUAUCGAUUUAUUUUUAAUUGUGGAAUUUGGUUUAUUGGAACAACUCCAAUCUUCAUUAUAUUUGAGCGAUAUUUAGCGACUAGAAAGAUAACCAAUUAUCAAGAUGAUAAGAAAUAUGGUAUAAUUUUGAUCAUUGCUCAAAUUAUGCUGUCUGGUCUAUUUUUAUCAAUGUUAUAUGAUGGAUAUAUUUUUGGAACUGAUCAGUUACGAGUAUAUUGCAUGGCUUCCAAUCCAAGUUAGUUUCCAGAAAUCGAAAUGUUUCUUAAGUGAUAUUUUUGUAGGCAUGUCAUUUUACAAAUCCUCAUCACUUCUUGGAAUCAUAUUUUCCCAACUCCUUGCGGUUUUUGGUCUGAAAUAUUUGAUCCGAAAAAAUCUAAAAAUCCGAAAAAUUUUCAAAGAUCAAGGUGUACACCUCCUUAAACGUUAUCAAGUUGAAGAAACUCUUCGUUCACUAAACACUCUAAAACAACCAAUUUAUACAAUGUUUAUCUCGCAAUUUUCAUUCACCUCAAUGUCAUUUUUUGGCCAAAGAUAUGGCUCAGGUUUUUCUCAAGAAGUAUACUAUACCAUUUUGGAAAGUUCUGUGCUUCUUCCUGAAUAUAGUGUGAUAUUUGUAUUGCUCUUCAUUCGGAAUAAUGAGAAGAUCAAUCGUGAAAGAAAAUCUCACCUGAACCAGAAAAUUAUGAUUGAGCCGGAAGAAUAUUUCAAUCAUUAUAAAAAUGUUUGGUGA